GCAUGGUCGCCCGGUAUCUCGGAUCGCUGCACAGCAUCUGGGAGCUCCUCACACCACACAUCCAUCAGUGGUGACCAUGGGCAUCUUUACCGACUACAGGAACCACGACGUGGUGGCUGCCACUUCCGAGCAGCGCAGUUUCUAUCGCUCCAGGGCCACGGGCACCGGUUCCGAGCGGCCAGUGAUCAAGUGCGUCCUCGACCGCUACUACUGCUACCUCCCCGGCGACACUGUCCAUGCGCGCAUCCAGCUCGACAAGGAGCGACUCAAGGACCUCGUCAAAAUCCAUGUCGAAUUUAGGGGUAUGAUCCACAAUUGGGGCACCAGGCAAGGAGCCAACAAUACGACGACGUACCACGUUGACAAGCAACUGCUCUUCAGCCACGAGGCUUUCAUCAACCCGACGUCGCUCGAGUCCCGCAGCGCUUCGCCGCACAUGCUCAUCGCCUCGUCCACUGAGUCGGCAUGGAUCUUUGACGUCGAUGCAAAGCUGCCCACGGCCGUACGCUAUCGCGAAAAGGAGGGUGCCCCGCUUCCGCCAUCAUUUAUCCGCUCAGAACGCGGUAGCGAGACUUCGACCAGCCUCGUCUCCUACCAUUUCAAGAUUACCGGGGCAAACGAGAAGACCUUUAGCCGCGAUGAGAGAACAUGGACUCCCUUUGUGGUGCUCCCCUACUGCAGGCCCUGGGAUCCCACGCUGGAGCUGCCCUUGAGCUACGGCGAUGCACCGUCACACUGGAUCCGACAGUACGACAUCUCCGACUACCAAAGGAAAUUGGUCCUCAAGAAGGGUGUAGUCGAGGUCGAGGUGGUACACCCCAAGCUUGCAGACCUCCCCAUGCACCUCGAGGUGCCCAUCAUUCUCCGCAUUUCGGUCCGAGCCAAAUCACUUUCGGAUCUCCUUUCGGGCGAGUCAGUCGAGCUGCCAAUGCUGCCGUUAACCACGCUGGAUGAAAAGCAGGAGGACCGCACACCCAAAUUCUUUGUCACCAGGCACAUCUAUACCAAGGCGGACCGUACAAGAUCGCACGACCUCAAGGAUGUCCAGGAGUGCUUUGUCCGCUGGCAUCCCGAAUAUACCAAGUGUGGCUUCACUCAGAGAUCUGACGAAAAGGGUGGAGAGGGUGGUGCGUCCGAGGGCACACCUUUAGCUGACGAUCGCGCAAAGAGGGGCCUCGAUCACGGCUGGACGUGGCCCGCGCACGACCCAGAGGGGAAGCACUACUCGACGCCCAAUGCGCCCCGCUUCGGUUCAAAGGGGGUGGGCCCCAAGCAAGGAGCACGAUUCGAAAGGGACGUGAAGACAAACCCCUACGUGACCACGGCGACCGUCUUUGGCAGGAUUCUCAUGUCGUCGGCCGCCAGCGUUCCGUUUGAGGUCUACCACCUGUCGACGUACAACCGGCUCAAAUUCAAAUGGGACUUCAAAUCGUCCAACAAGGUCGACAUGAACCUUGGCUAUGUUGUUAUGACGAGUGGCAUCACACCCGAGGAGCGACCGCGUCUAUCUCCUCAGGAUAUCGAAAGACGCUUCUAUGCUGGUCACUACGGCAAGCAAAAGAAAUCAAAGAUGGUCGAACCGCACGAGUUCGACGAGUUGCCCGGAUACAAGAACGCCGCCGGUCAACCGUCGGCCCCGUCUUACGAUGGACCGCCCCAGCCUGUGGCUUCUGCUUCUUCGCCACCGCCACAAGAGCCACAGGCAGGGCCAAGCCAGGAGCUUCCAGGCUACCAGUCUGCGACGUUCGGAAUGGAGAAGAUGUCCGUCUCGGACCAGAAGCGCAAUUCUCUCAAGUAA